AUGAAAAAAGCGAAAAAAGAGAAAAAAGACACGGCGUUGAAGGCAGAAGAGCCGGUCAGCUACAAUCGAUCGAUAAUGGCUGCGUUUGAAAAGCAAAUUAACGGAAAAGUUAGUUUUUUGAGUGAACAUUCUCCAAAUUUGUCAGUUCCAGACUUGUCCGUUGUGUAAGGUGAAAUUCUCGUUGGCCGCUUACAAAACUCACAUGAACGGUUGUUCGGUGGCCGAAAACGAUGAGGAAAUCGCGGUAGUUCGCUGAAAAAUUAGACAAACGCAAGAAAAUGCCUUUUUUCAGGUUAUCGCCUCGUACAGUCGUGAAGAAGCAGUUCUCAUGCGAGCCGGCCCUGAAAUCGUGCUCGGCGAAGAGAGUCUGAACGAGAAAUCAGGAUAUUCCAAAGAUUCUGCUCGAAUUCCGGAAGAAAUUUCAAAAACCCCCGAAGCUCCUGGAAAUUCUGUCAAACGGCGACGAACAGAAGAACAGAAAGAGAAGGAAAAGUGAGCUGUCUGAAAAAACACUACUUCUGAAGUAUUUCACAAUUUUUCAGCACGCCCGCUCCAAUUCCGUCAACUUCCAAGGAUCCGGUCUGUGAAAAUGUGAUCAAAGAGUCUCCGUUGUGGGAAAAUCGUCGAAGAUCCGCAGGACUAGCGAAAGAAGCACAAAAAGCUGGAGAAAAUUCGAAAAGUGCAGGAACCGUUGUGAAAAAAGAGACAGCCACUGUUCGAGAAGUUUUGACUGCGAUUCAGGUGAGCACGUGUACGAUUUUCAGUUAUUUACAUGAAGGAAUCUUUUCGUUCCGCCCAAACAACAAUCAUUUUUACGAUUUUCUAAUGAAAGCUGUAGAUUCUGAUGUCAAGUCUGAGGCAAGCGAUGCAUUCGUACUUUGCAUUAUACCAUACGUCAAAUCCCCCGUUUUCAAAUCAAAAAUUGGAAAUUUUCAGAAUUUCGACAGCAGAAUCGAAGGAGUGGAGCAUGUGUGGCCGUACUACAUGAAGUAUACUCUGAAAAUCAUAAAAAGAGUACUUUCGACACAGAAAUCCGACGGAACAUUCUACGCGGACGAUUUCUGGACGCCCGACGACAUAACCACACUUUUCCGAUUCGUUGAUCAAGUCUCCGAAGCUGCCAAAUGUCUUCUUUGCCGUCUUUUCAUCAGAAAACCCGCCUGGCACAAUCUGGAGAAAUUGCGACAAAAGUAGGCGGAAACUUGAACUAUUCGAAAAAAUUCCAUUAUUUUCAGAUAUCCCGAAAUUCCAGACAUUUCUCAAGCGGCCGUGGAGCUGGCCCGAUGGAAAUUCAUUGAGGAUGGUGAGUUUGUUGUAAUAAUUUCGCAAACAUCGACAAAACGCUUGCAGAUUCUUCUCUGAAGUCUCUGGACGACGCCAUCGCUCUCGCCGACCUGUCCGUCUUGAAAAACGUGGCGAAAAAGUUCAAAAUCGACAGUUGCCAGGUAUUUUUAAUAGAAAAUACUCUAACAAUAAUGAAUUCGAACUCAGAAUCGAGUGGAACUGGUGCAAUCGAUUCGGAAAUUCGGUCAAUCGCAGAGAUCCAUAUUCGGUGGCGUCGGAAGCGUCGAACAGUCUCUUUUGCGGACUCUGAAACAGGAAUUGGGUACUUGUGUUCGAAUUCAGAAUGAUAUCAUCGAUUUGCUCAAGGUUUUGGUGAAAUAGUUCCAUAAACUUGGAAAAAAUUAGUGAUUUUCAGGCUUUUUUCACAAUCUAUUGCCCGUACACCACCAACUCGGUGCAUGCCAUCGAAAACCCGUCGGCUUCGAAUGUUCAUCAAGAACUAUUGUCUGUCUUUUUCUUUUUUCUUUUCUCGAAAACGCUUUCUGCAGGUACAUGAUGCUCUCAAUCGAUAACGGCUCCGUUAGAUUUCCAGCUCCCAAUCCGUGUCCGAAUAUUGUCAGUUUUUACAAAAGUCGCGAAAUGUUGAUGGAGUUGGUUUUAAUUUUUUUGUUUUUAGAAAAUUAGUUCGCUGCUAAACUGAAAAUUCAAAUUGUAGCCCUAAAAUUGCAAGCCAUGCCCCUUCUUUUGCAGUUACACAACGGCAAAGUCGAUGGAAACUAUGCUGGUGACGAUAAUGGCGGGCGGAGCACUUGGAACAGCUCUCGACCUGGCCAUCGACGCCAAAGAUUUCAUCAAAUCCAUGUCUGCCGAGCAGAAAGCCUACUAUGAGAGUUUGGAGGUGCACGAGCGGAAAUUCACGGCGAUUUGGGUGCUGACGCGGUGUUUCGCACACGGAGCCACAAUUCUGGAGAAGCAGAAAAAGUGGGGAAUGGCCGUCGAGUGGCACAAAGAUCUAUUGCUUUCCGAAGGUACAAGAAGAAAAAUGCACAAAUUUCGAUGCAUUGUUCCGAUCAUUCCGGUCACAGAACAAUAUCUGAUAGAUCAUGAGCAGUUUGAGAAACACGGACUGUGAAAAUUACCGGAAUAUGAGUGAAAUUUUAGAAUUUUACGACGAAACUUCAACAUUCUCACAAAACACAUGAAAAUUGAAUUUCAGACUUCAAGCACUACUGUCUGGACUCGCGCGGCACCUGGUGGGAUCGACUUUUGCUUAAUUUGGACUCGCAUCUAAAAGUGACGAUCUUUUUGCUCUUCUUCAGAAGCCUAACCUCCCUUAAUUUCAGGAGCGCAACGAAUGCGCGAAAAUGAUAAAAUUGGCGAUGGAAGACCCGUCGGUGCUCGAAAAAGAGCUCCUCUUGAUCCAGGACCGCGCGCUGAAAUUGAAGGGGGUCGACGAGGACUUCCGACCGAAAAUCUUGAUUGGACAACCCGAAACACGGACGAUUUCGGCGCCGACGAUCACGAAAAAUCUGGGCGACAGGCGUGUCAAUCGUUUCGUGAUUCGGGACGUCGACAAGGAGGAAGAUGUCGAGGUGUCGGUGGAGGAAGUCGCCAGGAUACGGUAUCUGGACGACGAAGGAUUUAGAAACGGUAAGAAAUCGCGAAAAAUUGAGAGUUCUAGAGGAUUUUUGCAGGCCUACACGAUGAAGGUGCCACGUGGCACACCUUGUUCGGAAUCCUCUUCUAUGAAGUCAUCUUCCCCGACGGAAGCCCCGAGACGCCAUCGUCGACGUGGUUGAGCGAAGUGCAAGACAGUCCGAUCGAUCUGAGCAACUCGUUGUACUCGAAACGGGCGGCAAAAUUCGACGACCGAUUCGAGUGGUUGGAAGAGACGGAAAACGAGCGAAUCGAGGAGAAAAUCCGCAGAAUUUGGGACCUCAAGAAGGAGGAAACGAACCGAGAGUGCUCGUGGAAACUGUUCCCGGGCGGAGUCGACGAGUGUGUGGUCAGUUUUUUUGGGAAAAACGACGAAACAUAAUGAAAUUCAAGCAUCUGUCGAAAAAUGUGAAGCUAUAUUAGCAGUCUCAAAAGUUUCAGCCCGAUUGGUCACUACAGAUGAUCCAAUCGGAUUGAGACGUUCAAAAAUAUAAUAAUUUGCAAUUCGAAAAACUUUCUUGAAACUUCAGUUUUUCGCAGGAUCUGUUCCACUGCACUCCCCGCCAGGCCCUAAUCGCAAUCUUCCGUCGUUUGGCCGAAAACUAUCGAAAUUGCCGAUCCGGAUUUCCCGAUUUGACACUUUGGAACCGGGAAACGAAACAAGUGGCGGUUCGCCUAUCGAAAGUUUCGAGAAAUGAUAAUACAUUUUGUGCAGGUGGUCGAAGUGAAAGGACCCGGCGACCGUCUGUCCACGAAACAACGACUCUGGCUCGCAUUCUUCGCGAAGCAUGGCGUCCGCGCCGAAGUUUGCCACGUAACUGCCGAAAAACAACAAGAGACUCGCCUAAAUGCUCACUUUUUUUCUAGUUUUAUUUACGCUGUAGAUUUAUAUAA